CGGAGCAAAAUGGCGGCUGUACAUGAUGGACCGAGUGAUGUUGAGAGCGAAAAAGAAACAAAACCUGAUAUUCUGACCGACGAGUCGGCAGCAAACCUGCCCGGGAUAAUGAGCGGGACGCUGUCUUCAUCUCCGCUCGCACCUCCUGCUGCUGUCGUGCCGAAAGUGGAAGAACAGCAGCAGCAAACUUUACUCGCUGUGCUGCAGUUCCUGAAGCGGAACAACUUAACGGAGUCGGUGGAUAUCCUGCGGCGCGAGGCAGGGAUACAGGACGAGCUGGUCGAAGAAGCGCGCGGGGCAGAAGCUGCAGCACCGGGGCUGAACAGCGGACACGGAGACGCGAGCUCCCUCCUCAGCCGGGUGUCGGCUCAGAGCGGCGCCCCGGCUAAAGGUGGAGAGGACCAGCCGGAUGUCAGCGUUGUCCUCUCGGCGUACAGUCAGCAGGGGGAUCCGUCACUGUAUCAGGUGUACUACAGCGGGCUGAAGAAGUUCAUCGAGUCAGUGCUGGACUGCCACAGGGCCGAGCUGUCGCAGCUCUUCUACCCGCUCUUUGUUCACAUGUACCUGGAGCUGGUUUACAACAACCAUGAAAACGAAGCGAAGACAUUUUUCGAAAAGUUCAGUGGUGACCAGGAAUGCUACUACCAGAACGACCUGCGUGUGCUGUCAGGCCUCACCAAGAAGGAGCACAUGAAGGGUAACGAGACCCUGCUGGAUUUCCGCACAAGUCGCUUCGUGCUACGCAUUUCACGCGACUCCUACCAGCUGCUGAAGCGCCAUCUUCAGGAGCGCCAGAACAACCAGAUCUGGAACAUCAUCCAGGAGCACCUCUACAUCGACAUUUUCGAUGGCAUGCCACGUAGCAAGAGUCAGAUUGACAGCACGUCCGGCAGCCUGGCUGGAGAGGCUCGCCGAGAGGCCAACAAAGCCAAGGUGUUCUACGGAUUGCUGAAGGAGCCAGAGAUCGAGGUCCCUCUCGACGAUGAAGAUGAAGAGGCUGAGAAUGAAGAGGGCAAACCCAAAAAGAAGAAACCCAAGAAGGACAACAUGGGUUCAAAAAGCAAGAAGCAGGACCCCAAUGCACCGCAACAAAACAGGAUUCCUCUACCAGAACUAAAGGACUCUGAUAAACUGGACAAAAUCAUGUACAUGAAAGAGGCCACGAAGAGACUGCGUCUAGGCCCCGAGUCACUGCCCUCGAUAUGCUUCUACACAUUCCUCAACGCUUACCAGGGUCUGACAGCAGUGGACAUGACGGACGACUCCAGUCUGAUAGCAGGAGGCUUUGCCGAUUCCACAGUGCGUGUCUGGAGCGUCACACCCAAGAAACUCCGCAAGGUCAAAUCUGCUGCAGAUCUCAGUCUCAUAGAAAAGGAGUCGGACGAUGUGUUAGAAAGGAUCAUGGACGAGAAAACAGCCAGCGAGUCGAAGAUCCUGUACGGCCACAGCGGGCCGGUGUACGCCGUCAGCUUCAGUCCAGACAGGAAUUAUCUGUUGUCGAGUUCAGAAGAUGGCACCAUCAGACUGUGGAGCUUGCAGACGUUUACUUGUCUGGUGGCGUAUAAGGGACACAAUUACCCAGUGUGGGACACGCAGUUCUCCGCACACGGAUACUAUUUUGUGUCUGGAGGACAUGACCGAGUGGCGCGGUUGUGGGCCACUGACCACCACCAGCCGCUGCGUAUAUUUGCCGGACAUCUCUCUGACGUCACCUGCACCCGCUUCCAUCCGAACACCAACUACGUAGCCACAGGCUCAGCCGAUCGCACCGUGCGCCUCUGGGACGUCCUGAACGGCAACUGCGUCCGCAUUCUUACUGGGCACAAGGGACCAAUCCACUCGUUGGCAUUCUCACCCAACGGUAAGUACCUGGCCUCCGGCUCAACCGAUGGCAGAGUUCUGCUGUGGGAUAUCGGCCAUGGACUCAUGAUCGGCGAAUUGAAGGGUCACAGCGACACCAUCUACGCACUCAAGUUCAGCAGAGACGGAGAGAUUCUCGCCUCAGGCUCCAUGGACAACACGGUCCGGCUGUGGGACGUCACCAAAGCCGUCGACGACGUGGAAACGGACGAUUUCACAGCAGCCACUGGUCACAUUCACUUACCCGACAACUCUCAGGAGUUAUCACUCGGGACGUACCUGACCAAAUCCACCGCCGUCAUCCACGUCCACUUCACCAGACGCAACCUGCUCCUGGCCGCCGGCGCGUACAUCUCCCAGUGAUCGCAAUCCAGCCUGAACAGCUCAAAGGGUCGCUCGACUGCACCGCCUUUCUUAAUCGGGUAUUAAAGCGGAGAUUCUUACAGACCUAACCAUGUGUGCAUUUCUAUCAGUUCUACAUGGACGCUGAGACUUAAAGUUCAUUACUUUACACAUCACUGCCAUACAGGACUGUAGCCCAAGCCUCCUGAACUGUACAGUCUUUUAUAAUUAUGUAAAUAAAACAUUAUGUAUUGUUUUGGUACAAGUUUUAUUUUUAACAUUAUUUGACUGAAGACAACCAGCUACUGAAUCUUCAUCCUGUACAGCAAAGUCACACAACCUGUAAAAGGGGAGGGAGGAAGGGAAGGGAAG